CCCACCCACCCUGUAUGCUCCUCCUUAGUGUUCUGAGAAGGAGCUGAGGAAGUCAGCUGUCACUCUGCUGCUGCUUCUCAGAGUGUUAAGGAAAGCUACAGAAGAGUUACAACAUGGCGUCAGUGUCUUCUCAGGAGGAGUCAUUCACCUGUCCAGUCUGUCUGGAGCUGUUGAGGGAUCCGGUGACAAUUCCCUGUGGACAUAAUUUCUGUAUAAGAUGCAUUAAUGGCUGCUGGAAUCAGGAGGAUGGGAAAGGAGAAUAUAGUUGUCCCCUCUGUAAGCACACUUUCGACUCCAGGCCUGUCCUCCACAAAAACCCACUAAUUGCUGAGGUGGUGGACAAGUUCAGGAAGACCAGUCUCCAUGUGGCUUCUCCUGCUCACUAUUAUGCUGGACCUGGAGAUGUGGCAUGUGACCUCUGCACUAGAAGAAAACUCACAGCCGUCAAGUCCUGCCUGGAGUGUCUCAAGUCAUACUGUGACGCUCACCUAAAUGCUCACAAUGAACUUGUUGAUAGAAAUCACACCAUUACCGAUGCCACAGGCCAACUACAGGAAAGGAUCUGCUCCCGUCAUAAGAAGGUUUUUGAAAUAUUCUGCCGCACUGACCAGAGUUGCAUCUGCUAUCUGUGUACGAUGGAUGAUCAUAAAGGUCAUGACACGAUCACGGCUGCAGCAGAGUGGAGUCAUAAAAAGGAGGGGUUGGGGCAGAGCCAGAGGAGAUGCCAGCAGAUAAUCCAGUUGAAGGAGAAGGAGCUGCAGGAGCUGAGGAAGGCUGCGGAGACUCUCAAGUCUGGUGCACAGACAGCAGUGGAGGGGAGUGAGAGGAUGUUUACUGAGAUGAUCCGCUCCAUUGAGAGAAGGCGCUCUGAGGUGACAGAGCUGAUCAGAGCUCAGGAGAAGGCUGAGGUGAGUCGUGCUGAAGGACUCCUGAAGCGACUGGAGCAGGAGAUUGCUGAGCUGAAGAGGACAGAUGCUGAGAUGAAGCAGAUUUCACUGACUCAGGAUCCCAUCCAUUUCCUCAAGGUAAACAUCAUUACUUUAUAGAGCGUUCAAAACAGCUAAACACAGUGGCAGUGCAGCCCUGUUAAUUGCAGUUCAAGCUCUCC